AGUUCACCUCAGACCACUGCGGAUGCUACUCGCGCGACGCUCCGCUAUUCACGAGCCGCGAACUACGUACUAACUGAUUAUAAACCUUUGUUUGUGAACUAUUAUAAAAAGUUGUGAUCUAACUAGUGACUUGUGUUUGCGAGAAGAGGAAUUACCUUUUACUGGCUAGCGUGUUUGAGAAUGCCGUGGCGAGGAGUGAGGGGCGCGGGGUGAGGUGAAGUGGGGCGCGAUGAGCGCUCCGGAGCCGUUCGUGCUCCAAGCACUGCAAGGCCACAUAGAUGGCAACGACAAAUGGCCAGGGCCGAGGACAGUUAAGGUCUAUGUGGCCUCUGUCUACAAUGACUUCCGCGAGGAAAGACGCCAGAUAUUAGAAAUGGUUGGGCCUGAGUUGCAGUCCACGUAUGACGACCGAUCUAUUGAGUUCGAAUUCGUGGACAUGCACUACGGCACUGAUGGUGGGGAUGAAAACAAUCCAGCACUACUACGCCACUAUCUCGACGAGAUACGAUACUAUAAUCGUAUCUCCAAAGCUGGCUACUUCAUGUGUCUCAUCGGUGGUGAUGCGUCCUUCUACCAACCAGUGCUGCCAUUCACUAUACCAGAGGCAACGUUCGAGCAAUUGGUGAAAUCAGAAUCAGCCCAAGCAGAGUUAGUGCAAGCCUGUUACAGACUUAAUGAUGAAGGCAACUAUCAAUUGGAAGGCGAUGAUAAAUGGUAUAGUAAUUUACUGGAUCGCGAUGAGCAGAGGGCCCGGUUGUCUGAAGUUCAGAAGGCAUUCAACUCUCUAGCACUUGAAGCACUAACGGAGGACGCUGAUAUCACAAACUUGUUACGGAGUCCAAUGGAACACCAGUGUGAACUAGCUCUAGACUUAAUGAAAACUGGCAAUCACCCAAAAGGCAUCGUAGCGGUAAUACGAGAUAUGGUUGAACCGGAAAAUGACGACUCGAAGAUCACAGUAUUAGCACAUGAACGAUUAAGAAAACUGAAACAGAAACUUGAAGAUGCCUUACCAGACAAUCACAUCGUGAGAUUGGAGUCGUUAUCAGCAGAUUCGUCACGUACAGACGCCGCAUCAGACAACGAGGAGAAACUUUCGCCCUUUAGGGAACAAGUCCAGGCUGUCAUUAGUUCGCUGGUGGACGAGAGCCUAAGUACUGAACCAGAUCAGGGUAAAGGACGAAAAAAGACUGUACAGGAAGUAUUUUUGGAACACAUCACUCAUCUUAGAAUAUGCAUAGAACAUAACCGAAUGUAUAAAGUUACCGUUAAACAAAUUGAAGACGCCGCCAAGAGUAUACUUAGUAACGCUAAAGAGAAUUAUGAUAAUCGGACUCGUCAUCCCCCAGUCUUAAUUUAUGGACCUGAUGCUUCAGGAAAAAGCACUUUAUUGACGCAUCUUUAUUUCAAAUGCGAAGAAAUAUUCCCCAAACCUGUUUUGCGGGUGAUUCGAUUUUCGGCUUCUACACCAAGAUCGGCCUACAAUUUGGAGCUAUUGAGAGUGAUGUGCCAACAGAUAUCAAUAAUUUUGAACAUUCCAGAGGGUUAUUUGCCGAAGGACGCGAGUUUCGAUCCUUUGUAUAUAAACAAUUGGUUCCAAAGUUUACUGAGGAGAUGUGAAGAUAUGGAGAAUGAAAUACUGUUAAUAUUUAUAGACAAUGUGCAUAGAGUUAAUCCUCUAGAAUGUGAUAUAGUGACUGGGCUGUCGUGGCUGCCAAUGUCAUUGCCUCGAAAUGUGUUCCUUGUUUGUACGAGUGCGAUAUCUUUGGAGCAACUUCAACUGACGCCCGCACAAAAGGAGAAGUUUAAAGUUCAAAACUGUUACUACUUAUUAGAUGCUAUUGAGGAAACUCCUGAUAAUAAUAGUUACGGGGAUUAUAUCGAUGGUGCCUUUGAUAAUUUAGAAUCAAUCUUCGGUACUAAAGCGUUUAGUAAAUUAGCAAGUUACAUAACUUGUUCAGAGUUUGGUCUGACGGAAUUGGAACUGCUAGAGCUAUUGAUGCCUACAAGUAAUAGUGAUGCCGUCAUUACACUGAAGGACGCCAAUUUCAAUUUUUCAACUCUGUGCGUUGCUAAGUAUUUAAUGAAGUCUUUGAUAACGGAGAGCGUGGUAUCUGGUCGGUGCACGUGGCGGUGGGCGGCAGGAGGAGCGGGCACGCGCGCUAGACGACGAUACGUACGCGUACAAGCGGCACUCAGAGAUGCACAUUCAGAUUUAGCAGCAUUACAUUUCGCACACUUCCUGAAUGAUACCGACGACACAGACACAUCAGAUGCCCAAGAACCGGGUUGUGUAGAAGACGAUGAUGCUCUUCUUGACUCGACACCGUUCCAUUCGGCUAGUAGAACAGCAGCUGCCUUCACUCAGAGACAUGUAGAAGAGUCGUGGUUACACCUCCUUUUAGCUGGGGAUUUCUCCAAGCUAAAAGACUUGACUGUCUGCAACUUUGACUUUUUGCUGGCCGCAGUGCAAACAGUGACGAUAUCAUACCUGAGAUGCAUUCUCGAACAUGUCCGCUGCUACAUUCUGGAUCGAGACGUCGAGUUAGUUUACGGCGCUGUGAGGAAGUCCAGUGAUAUAUUAACCAGAGACCCAAUGCAGCUUGGAGCACAGAUAAUUGCGUGGCUGCGACCGGCUGUAGCAAGACGUGGCGUUCUAGCUACUCUGGUUACAGCCGCUAUGGCAUGGUGCGACGGCUACGAUAAACCACUGCUAGUACCUCUUAAUGGAUGGUUACAACCUCCAAUAGCUUCCACAGUCCGCGUGGUGUCAGUAGGUGGGUCCACUCCUGGCGCUGGUGCAAGACUGCUACAACUGGCACCUUCUGGUCAACAUCUGGUGCUUGCGCCGUCUGCGGGAGAUCCACAGCUAUGGCACGUCAUGUCCAACUCUAGAGUGCAUACCUUCAAAGGACAUUCGGGGCGGAUACUGUGUAUGUGUGUAACCCGGGAGUCGCAAUAUCUUCUCACCGGGUCAGAGGAUACUAGCGUCAUCGUAUGGGACCUGCACAUGUUGGCCGUGAAAACCAAAAUAUUGGAACACAUAGCUCCUGUUUUAUGUGUGGCAGCGAUAGUGAACCGAUCGUUGGUAAUAAGCGGGGGAGAAGAUUCUGCAGUUAUUGUGACAUCUCUCGUCGAUGGUGCAUUGGUAACAAAAAUCGACCACCACAGAGGUCCAGUGACCGCAGUGAAGGUGAUACAAGACGGUGAUAUCCUUGUCACUGGCUCCCAAGAUGGAACGGUUUGCACGUGGAACGUGGACAACUUCACGUUGCUUAGCACCGUAACAGCUGGUGUGCCGAUACAUACGAUGGAUAUCACAGACGACAACGUGUUCCUUAUCACGCUGCAGGGUGAUAAUGAGCUACAUUUGAGAACCUUCAUCACUGGGACGUACCUGCAUAUGCUGAAACGGCAUAAAGCUAAGAUAAAAUGCUUCUGUGUGGCACAUGACUCAUCUCGAGCGGCAGUUGGUUGUGCCGAUCAACGAAUCUACGUCUACAGCUUGCACAGUGGACAACUGUUACGUACCCUCGCUGCUGCACACGAUCUCGCCUCUCUAGCUAUGGCUGACAAGGAUCACUUUCUCUUAGCCGCUGGUGGUAAUAGGGUUACAAUAUAUUCAUUCCACACGGAAGACAACUUGACAAAUUUUAGACCAACGAAACAACUAAAAAGAAGACAAACGAAAUCGACAACGAAUAUUACCUUGUUACAGGCUGAACAAAGUGAACUGAUCCCUAUCAGCUGUCUGGAAGUUUCACGCGAUGGGCAAUUAGCAGUAAGUGGAUGCGCUCGAGGACUAGUGAGAGUGUGGCAGCUCUCCACUCAUAGACUUCAGACCACGCUGAGUGGGCACAUAGGACAUAUCACAUGCGUCACAUUCUCACCGAACAAUCUACUAGUUCUCAGCGGCUCAGAAGACAGGACCGUUGUUGUUUGGCAAUUAGCUGACAAUUCGCCAUCUUUAACAUACAAGGGUCACCCAGCGGCACUGCAGUCGUUGCUAAUGAUGUCGGACGGACGUCGUGCGAUGUCUAGCGACAGGUCACGUAAUGUGCAUGUGUGGCUGGUGGAUUCCGGUAUUGUGUUACAUUCAACUAAUGGCCCGGCGGCGAGCUUAGACGUCACAUUAAAUAUGAAAUAUGCGGUAUUGUCCGAUGGGGACAAUUCAGUCCGCAUAUGGGCGCUCGCUGGUGGUGACAGUGGUGAGGAGAGACGUUCCGUGUCACAUGCGGAACGAGUCACAUGUUUCGCUCUUACUGCGGACUCGCAACAUGUCGUCACAGGCUCCAUGGACAUGUCACUCAAAGUGUGGAAACUCGACGGCGGGAAACUAUCGCAGGUUUUAGUAGGACAUUCAGACAUAGUGACUUGCGUCGCUGUGUCGAUAACGAAUAAAACCCAAGUGGUGUCGGGUUCGUGGGACUGUAACCUUAUCGUUUGGGAUAUCAACACUGGCUCAGAUCUCCACCUGUUGUCUGGUCACCUUGGCAAGGUCACCUGCGUCAAAGUCACCGGAGAUGGGACCAUUGCUGUUUCUGGUGCGGAAGAUAAAACCCUCAUAAUUUGGGAAACAAAGAGGGGUCUAGCUCUGACGUCAUUGGCGUUGCACGUGCCUUUAUUAGGAUUCCAGAUCACGAGCGACUGCUCCAGAAUAGUUGUGCAUCUUCUUGAUAGAGGAUGUCUGCCAAUCAUAUGCCUGCACAACACUCCAGCAACUUACGUGAAAAUACCGACUUAUGCAGCUCCAACUAAGGACGUAGAUGAACUGAGGCCGUUAGCUCCCAAGAGGCCAAUGAGGCGUCUGUUGAAGAAGGAGGUGUCAUUAGAUACAUACACGUGGCAGAAGAAAUACGGUCACCUAACAUCGGCGGCUAUGAUGGCACAAGUAGAUGAACGGCUCAAACGACGGUUUUCGGUAUCGGCGUCUAUGGAGGAAAUUUCGAAAAUCCAAGAGGCUAAAAAUAAGGAUUUAGGUUCCCAGGUGAGCUUAGGACCUGAAGAAGCAGCCAUAGCGCAGUCACAACAUUUCGAUCAACUAGAAGCAUUAUGGAACAAAAUAUCUCCCCCUAGGCGCCGAUCCAAUAAGGUGACACAUUUUGUGUAUAUUUGUUUCUACUUUAAACUCAUAACUCCUGAUUUAUUACAGUCGCUUUCAAAACAAAGCUCUUUAAUUGAGAGAUUCGAUUCAUCUGAUGAGGAACACACACCCGUUGAAGAGCAAGGUACACAACCUAACUUCGCCUUGGACUGGGAAGCACUAACACACGUUUUAAUCUUUUACCACGUGGCUUCUAGGGACAGUACCGGCAAAUGGCUGCGGCGAUUAGUUUCGCCAAAACCUAACUAUCUCAUAUUUGGCGACUAUCUCAUAUUCGGCAUCCUUACCCUAUUGCCCUGCUUAUAUUGCGAUAGAUCUGCUCUUAAGGGACUUCUUUACCUUCGCUUACGUUCUCAUACAGAUACGUUAACAAUUACGCAUCGAGAGUAA